AUGGAGAGCCCAGAGCUAAAGGCUUCGUUUCUAAGCCGCUUGACAUGGCACUGGAUGGGAGCCAUGAUCUCCACAGGGAACAAGCGUCCCUUGGAGAUGAGCGAUUUGUAUGAGCUUAAUCAAGAGGAUAAGGCAGAAUCUUGCGAGCAAAGAUGGAACGAAUGCUACGAGGAAGAGGGGAGCAAAAGAGUGUUGCGAGUGAUCUUGAGGUUCCUGGGAGUGAAGUUCUUCCUCUUGUUUAUCUUGCGCCCUUUGUGGCUGGCAGCGCUCAUCUUGCAGGUUUAUGUUAUUAAGGAGCUCAUUCAUCGCUCCAGACUCAAGAGCUCCAGAACAUGGAGUGAUUUCCUCCUCGUUGCCGGACUGUUCUUCCUGGCACAAUCCCAGAGCUUAUGCAACAUCUGGAUGUUCUUCUAUGGCUGGAGAUAUGGCGUUCGCUUGCGUGCUGCUUUUUCCAUGGCUGCUUUCAACAAGAUGUUGAGCACAAGAACGGCUGAAUUUAGUGGAUCCUUGGAUAGCUUGCUGUUUAAUCUUGUCAACAGUGAUACCCAAAAGCUGAUUGAUUGCUUGUGUAUACUUCCUUAUGUGGUUUGCUUUCCAUUCCAUUUGCUUGUUGUGAGUUUUUUCUUAUAUCGAGAAGCAGGCAUUGCCACACUUGCUGGAGUAGCUUGGACGGUCGUGGUGGGAAUAUUAAUGUUCUAUGUGGCGAAGUAUAUGGGGCACUUGGCAAGAAGAAAGCAUUCUCACACUGAUGCUCGGGUGGGAAUCCUUUGUGAAACUUUGGCUGGCAUUAGAAUUAUCAAGUUCAAUGGUUGGGUUCCUUUGUUUAUGAAAAAAAUCAAUAGUGCUCGUGCUGGUGAAAUGAAGUGGGUUUCCAAGUUGGCUAUGAUCAGUACAAUCAUGUAUAUUUUGAAGGAUUCAAUUGUUCCAUUUGCAUGCGUAUUUGCUUUUGGUGUUUAUAUCAUUCAUCAUAAAAUGCUUGACGUGACAAUAGCUUUUGUUGUCCUAUCUUUCUUCAGUAUUCUUGCAAGGGAUAGCUUAUGUUUCAUUCAUGGUUUGCCAUCAAUUUCUAAUGCACUAGUAGCUGUGGAGAGACUACAAAAGGUGUUGGACUUGACAAAUAGUUUGCAAACAUCCAAGUCAAAGAAAACCUCAAACAUAUUUGCUAUUGAGCUUUUGGACUGUAUUUUUGCUAGAAACAUUUCCAAAAGCAUUAAUCCCAAGCCCAUACACAUGCAAAUUCAGAGGGGUAAUCUUGCUGGCUUGAUUGGUAAGGUGGGAAGUGGUAAGAGUUCUUUGCUAUAUGGAAUUUUAGAAGAACUAAAGCUAACUCAAGGUUCAUUAUUUGUGGAAGGAAAUAUAGCUUAUUCCCCACAACAGCCUUGGAUAUUAAAUGAUACAAUGCGAAAUAAUAUUGUCUUUGGCAGCAUAUUUGAUAAUAAACGCUAUGAUAAUGUAGUGGCGGCUUGUGCACUUAAUCAUGACAUUUCAAUGCUACCUAAUGGGAGUGACACUGAAAUUGGGGAAAGAGGGGUAAAUUUAAGUGGCGGACAAAAGGCUAGAGUAUCUCUUGCUCGUGCAUGUUAUAGUACUGCUCCUAUUAUUCUUUUGGAUGAUCCUUUAUCUGCUGUUGAUGCUUCAACAGCUAAAUACAUCGUUGAUUAUGUACUAAAUGGCAUUUUAAAGGGAAGAACAGUAAUUAUGGCAACACAUUCUAUUAUAAGCUUACAAGCUUGUGAUGAAAUUUAUUUAUUAGAUACCAAUAAUGGUAUUAAGCGCAUCUUAUCAAGUUCUAAAGAUAUAAAACGUGAGAUGGAGUUGGUAUCAGCUAAAACAGAAUUAAAUGCUAGUCAAUAUAGUAAGCUGGACAAUUCAAAAGGAGGCAUAGUGAAACAAGAGACAAUGGAAAGUGGAAAUAUAAAACUCUCUCAUUAUUUAGAAUAUCUACACAUAGCUGGUUGGUAA